GCUGCGGCGCCGCGCCCGGGCCGCCACCGGCACCGGCACCGGCACGGCUGGGCUCCGAGCGCCGGACACGGCGCUGCCUCCGGCCCCGGGGCUCUGCCGGCCCUGCCCUGCCCUCCUGUCCCCCCCCCACCCCGGGCCAAUAAAAUGAUGCAGAGCUCUGCGCUCGCUGCCGAAGGGGCUGUCAAGGGGCUGCCGGAGAUCCUCGGCGUGCCGGUGCAACAAAUCCCCCAGUGCGCCGGCUGCAACCAGCACAUCCUGGACAAGUUCAUCCUGAAGGUGCUGGACCGGCACUGGCACAGCUCCUGCCUCAAGUGCGCCGACUGCCAGAUGCAGCUGGCCGACCGCUGCUUCGCCCGCGCCGGCAGCGUCUACUGCAAGGAAGACUUCUUCAAGCGUUUCGGGACCAAAUGCACGGCGUGCCAGCAGGGCAUCCCCCCCACGCAGGUGGUGCGGAAAGCCCAGGACUUCGUCUACCACCUGCACUGCUUCGCCUGCAUCAUCUGCAGCCGGCAGCUGGCCACGGGCGACGAGUUCUACCUGAUGGAGGACGGGAGGCUGGUGUGCAAGGAGGACUACGAGACCGCCAAGCAGAACGAUGACUCCGAGGCGGGGGCGAAGCGGCCCCGGACCACCAUCACGGCCAAGCAGCUGGAGACGCUGAAGAACGCCUACAAGAACUCCCCCAAGCCAGCCCGGCACGUGCGGGAGCAGCUCUCCUCCGAGACGGGGCUGGACAUGAGGGUGGUGCAGGUGUGGUUCCAGAACCGGCGGGCCAAGGAGAAGCGGCUGAAGAAGGACGCGGGGCGGCACCGCUGGGGGCAGUUCUACAAGAGCGUCAAGCGGAGCCGCGGGGGCAGCAAGCUGGAGAAGGAGAGCUCGGCCGAGGACUGCGGCGUCAGCGACAGCGAGCUCAGCUUCCGUGAAGACCAGAUCCUCUCCGAGCUCGGCCACACCAACAGGGUUUACGGCACCGUCGGGGACGUGGCAGGCGGACAGUUGAUGAACGGCAGCUUCUCCAUGGAUGGGACGGGACAGUCGUACCAGGACUUGCGGGACGGCAGCCCCUACGGGCUCCCCCAGUCGCCGUCGUCCAUCUCGUCCCUGCCGUCCCACCCGCCCUUGCUCAACGGGCUGGACUACGCCAUGGACAGCGGCCUGGGGCUGGUGGCACACGGGGCGCAGGGGGUGAGUCAGACGCUGCGCGCCAUGGCCGGGGGGGGGCCCACCUCCGACAUCUCCACGGGGAGCAGCGUCGGGUACCCAGACUUUCCCACCAGCCCGGCCUCCUGGCUGGACGACAUGGAUCACCCCCCCUUCUAAACGCUGCUCGCCCCCCGCCCCGGCCCCCCUCGCAAACCCGCUCCCACCCCCUCCGCCAGCAGCCCGCAAACGCAGCACCGCCGGAGGCACCCGCCGGGACGUGAGAUGUUGCCAGGAUCUCCCGUGGGAAUCGGACAUGGAGGGCUUUUUGGGGACGUGGGGGGGAAAUGGGGGCAUCCCCAGGGCAUCGGUGAUGUCCAGGGCUUGGUGGGGAUGGGGCCAGAUGCUUUUGGGUGUAAGCACAAGGGAGGUGAGGGUGGCACGGCGGGGAAGGGGGGCACCGGCCCCACUCCAGCCUCAUCCCUCCCCGUGUCGGCGGAGAGCCACGUGCUCGGGCAGGAUGGUGGCGGGAAGGGAGGACAAUCAGGGAAGGCAAAGUCUAUAUUGCAGAAGGGUUUAUUUUUGACCCCUCCCGGGGGUGAUGCCGCUGGCUCCCGGCUUGGGUGGCGGCAGCGGGGUGGGAGCGGAGCUGUCGCCCUGCGGCUGCGGGGCCAUGAUUUAUCCCCGGGCGCGCAGGAGCGCUCGCGGUGCAUCGCUGCGGGCUGUGCCUCACGAGCGUGGCACAGAGG